AUGCGGCGGGCGGGCAGGCGCGGCAGGGAGGCCCAGGAGGGCAGCCCCAUGGAGAACGGCAUGGGGCAGGAGCCGGGGACCCCAGAGCCACCUGCUACCGAGGGCAUCCCAGCUCCCCGACCUCCCCGUGCCCGCCCCAGGCUGGUGUUUCACACACAGCUGGCCCACGGCAGUGCCACAGGGCGCAUCGAGGGCUUCACCAACGUCAAGGAGCUCUACGCCAAAAUAGCUGAGGUCUUCGGCAUCUCGCCCACUGAGAUCCUCUUUUGCACGCUCAACACGCACAAAGUAGACAUGCAGAAGCUGCUGGGGGGACAGAUCGGCCUGGAGGACUUCAUCUUUGCCCAUGUCCGGGGCGAGACGAAGGAGGUGGAGGUGACCAAGACGGAGGACGCGCUUGGCCUCACCAUCACGGACAAUGGGGCCGGCUACGCUUUCAUCAAGAGAAUUAAGGAGGGGAGCAUCAUCAACCGCAUCCAGACAGUGUGCGUGGGCGACAGCAUUGAGGCCAUCAAUGACCACACCAUCGUGGGCUGUCGGCACUACGAGGUGGCCCGGAUGCUGCGGGAGCUGCCCCGGGCUCAGCCCUUCACCCUCCGCCUGGUGCAGCCCAAAAAGGCCUUUGACAUGAUCGGGCAGAGGACACGGAGCAGCAAGUCCCUGGGCGAGGGCAGAGUGGCCAGUGGGAAGGAAACGCUGCGGCUGCGGGCGCAGGGCCAGGCCACGCUGGAGGAGGGGCCCAGCCCCUUCGAGGAAGAAGCCGCCCGCCGGGUGGACGACCUGCUGGAGAGCUACAUGGGCAUCCGCGACAGCCAGCUGGCCUCGACGAUGGUGGAAGCUGCGAAGGAGAGCCCCGGCGUGGCCCAGCUUGCCCGCGGCUUGGACUCGGUGCUGGGCGAGUUUGCCUUCCCCCAGGAGUUCGUGGCCGAGGUGUGGGCAGCCGUCUGCCACCCCAAGGAGGGGCAGGAGUAG